AUGCAACAUAUCCAAACACCUGCUCGGCCUCUGGCAGUUCGGGAUGACAACAAACAGGUGGAUGCUAAGGCAAAGCGCAGGGAGAAACCCUCGGCAUUGUGCAAAACACCGCCGAGUUUGAUCAAGAAUAAAGACGGCCAGAGCUACCAGCGAGGUCUGUGUCUAGGCGAAGGAGGUUUCGCUCGAUGCUUCCAAGUCAACACAGGAGACGGUACUCUGUACGCAGCCAAGACAAUUGCCAAAGCUUCACUAACUAAUGAAAAGACGAGGCUCAAGUUAUUCGCCGAAAUCAGAAUCCAUCGCAGCUUGCAGCACCAAAAUGUCGUUCGCUAUAUUGAUUGCUUCGAAGAUGAUGUCAAUGUGUACAUUCUGCUGGAGAUUUGCUCCAAUUCGACUCUCAUGGAGCUGGUCCGUCGGCGGAAGCGGUUACUAGAAGUCGAGGCUCGCUACUAUCUGCUUCAAGUGUUGGCGGCAGUAAACCACAUGCACAACAAGCUUGUUAUUCACCGUGACCUUAAACUCGGUAAUAUUUUUAUUGAUUCAGACAUGAACAUCAAGAUUGGUGACUUUGGCCUAGCCGCUCGCCUCGAAUCGAAGAGCCAGCGCCGUUACACCGUGUGCGGAACCCCUAACUAUAUUUCCCCGGAAGUUCUUGUUCGUCCUCAUGAGCACUCCUUCCCUGCUGACAUUUGGGGCAUUGGUGUAAUUUUGUACGCUAUGGUAUUUGGCAAGCCGCCUUUCCAGGAAAAGGACGUUAAAGUCAUCUACGAGCGAAUCAAGCAGCACGACUUGGUUUUCCCUGACAAUGCUCGGGUUUCUCAAUCCUGUAUUGAGCUAAUUCAAUGGAUGCUGGAAGCUGAUCCGGCCCAACGUCCGACCAUUGAUCAGGUCUUGAACCACCGCUGGUUUGCAGGUGAGUUCACCGAUGUGAUAUCUGUGUCGGCCCUCAAGGGCGUUCCUCACAUCAAAGUCACGCCCGAACAAUCGCGUGUCAACUUUAAUCGUGCUAAAGCAGCAUGUGGUCUUGCUUCUUCUUGCUCUACAAGCCCUGUUGAGACUGUUACCAAGGAAGACGUAGCUACGGCUACUCGCCCAUCGGCCAGUCGGGUUCUGCCUCCAUCCUUAUCUCCGCCCACGACCAAAGAAAAAUACAAGAUGGUUGUGGUGCAAGAUAGGCCCGAUGAGAACAUCAACAGUCCGGCGAUUCGCCGUCGUCAUCAGCUAGCGCCUGAUGGAAACAAUGUUGGCAGUGGCCAGCAAAACUGGCCUAAAGCACAUCGUAUGUCAACCGAACGAGGAACUGGGCUUUCUCGUCGCCCCACCAACAUGGCUAAUGCUGCAGCGCAGUUGGUGAUGAAGGCAGCUACCACUAAGUCGGAUCCCGCUGGGCCGUCUCUCCGAUCCAGGGGCAACGGUGGGGUUAACUCUCAGCAAUUCGUUCCUGGGCUUGUUCGUGAAGUCCGUGGUGUCGUUCAUACCAUGCGGGACUCGGCAAAAACAUACUUGGCCCGAGUCCUUACUGCCCAAAGCCAGGGAACUCUGUCGCAGCUGAUGCGGGACGCUACGGUUUUCACGAAACCACCCCAUAUCACCAAGUGGGCUGACUUUGACGAACACUGGGGUAUGGCUUACGGUCUGAGCGAUGGUGCUAUUGGGAUGCACUUCCGCGAUGGGACCUCGAUGCGUAUGGAUCCGUUUUUGGGCACAUACAUGGCCUACGAGCCAGCCGCUGAAAACAAAACAGCAUUUGUCGCCUGCAGAACAUCGAGCUCUAGUCUCAACAGCAACCGGGCCAAAAAGGUCAAUGUCAUCAAUUUCGUCCACAAGUAUAUGGACGAGCGUCUCGGUCGGGGUGGUAUGCCCGAUCGCCGGGAGGGCCAGGAUGCCAGCGAUGGACCUUUCUUGUACAACUUCAGUCGCGGGGACUUUUACAUGAUGUUUGUAUUGUCUGACGGUACAAUGCAGUUCAACUUCAGCGAUCACACCAAAAUCGUGAUCUACGGCAGAGGAGCCCGUUUGUUUGUUAUCGACCCGGCACAGAACAGUACUGACAUGAGCACUGAGGACGCCAUGACGGCCAAGCCAGCUCUGGAUCUUGUCUACAAACUACGCAUUAUUUGCGAGAAUCUGUGA